CUUACGAUUUUUUUUUCUUUUUUUUUUCUAUGCAAUUUUAAAAAUACGUUUAGUUCCGUACUGGCCUGUUCGUGUGUUAACGUGCUUUUAGUUCGGUGAUAUUUAAAAUGACAAUCAUAUCACCGGCUUUUCUCAAGCAGCUAUGGCUGACGUUCGGCGCAUCUCUGGCGUUUCUAAUCAUCGGUCUGGUGAGGGGCUACUCCGCUUCCGCGUUACCGUCAAUUGAGAGUCUCGACCCCUCCUUCAUACAACACAGCGAACAGAAGUCAUGGAUAGGAGCUAUCCCACCAUUGGGCGCGUUCCUGGGCAGCAUGCUGUCAGGGCCGCUGAUGCAGCGAGCUGGUCGAAAGCGCACUCUGCAGAUGACCGCUCCGGUCUGGGCCGGCGGUUGGCUGCUACUAGGCUUUGCUCCCGGCUUCGCUCUCAUCCUAGUCGGACGGUUCCUGUCCGGUCUAUGUGUUGGCUUCGUAUUAGCACCCGCACAAGUUUACGUGAGCGAGUGCUGCGACCCCGAGAUUCGCGGCAGAUUGGGCUCGUUGCCCACUCUCUCUAUGUCUUUGGGCAUCCUCAUCUCCUACGUUGCCGGUAACUGGUUGUACUGGAGACAUCUCGCCUUUUUGUCCGCUGCAUUUUGUGCGGCCCUCUUCUUUGUCCUACUUCCACUGCCGGAGUCUCCGGUAUGGCUGAAAGCGCGUGGUCUGGACGCCGAGCCGUCUAUCAACUGGCUGCAGUUGUCUAAUCGCGCCGUCGCCACUGUUAAGGAUGAUGAUGAAAAACAUCCCGAAAAAGCGCCAGAAUCAGAACCAAAGAGUUUGUUUACACGGGAAGUGUUCCUAUCGUCUGCGGUUAUCAAACCUCUCAUUGUUGGCUUUGCAUUGCUCAUCUUCCAGCAGUUCAGUGGUAUUGACGCCGUCAUAUUCUUCACUGUUGAAAUCUUCCAGAGUGCAGGAAGUAAAUUGGAAGCAAUGACGGCGACUAUAGUAGUCGGUGCAGUUCAGUUGAUCAGCAAUGGUGUGAGCACGAUGCUAGUAGACCGCGCAGGUCGUCGACCGCUGCUGCUUCUCUCAGCGGUCACAAUGUGCGUCUCCAUGGCUUCGAUGGGAGCAGCUUUUUACUUCCAGUUCGAAGCGGAAUCGUGGCUCGGAUACCUACCUAUCAUCAGUUUGGUUGUGUUCAUGCUUGGUUUCUCCCUCGGCUUCGGUGGCCUACCGUUCUUACUACUGGGCGAGCUCUUUCCGACACAGUACCGCUCCCAACUCUCAGCUAUGGCUAGUGCUGUCAACCUUCUCUCUAUGUUCACCGUUAUCAAGUCUUACCAUGCUUUGGAAGCUGUGCUGACGUCAGCGGGCACAUUCUGGAUGUACACCGCGUUCUGUGCAAUGGCGUUCUUCUUUGUUCUAUUCAUGGUCCCUGAGACGAAAGGGAAGUCGCUGGCUGAAAUCGAAGAACAUUUCCGCGGUAAGAAACGCAAGGAAGUUGUACAUUUGCAAACGAUCUCGUAAUCUCUAAGCAAUGAUUGUAAACGAUAUAACAAGGAACUAUGUUUUUCUUGUUGCUAAUAUCUAUUAUUAAUUGAUUGAGAUUUUAAUUGUCAUUAUGUAGAGAAUAAUUCCUGAGUUAAUUUAUGAACAAUUAAAUUAUUGACAUAUUUAUAAGAUAAAUGGAUAUCUAGUAGAGUUUCAUCACCCCUAAUUUACCUCUCAGUAAGAACGAAUACAAAGCUGCUGCUGCUGAUGAUGAUGACGUAGAGUUUCUAAUGUGACUCUUACAAAGAUAUUUCAUAACAUCCUGUAAUCUUUAUUACCAUUCAAAUGUUAUGGUACACAAAUCUCAUAGAACUGUAAGUUAUUAAAUGAAUACAGGAUGAUUUAAAAAUAAUUAAUAAAAAAAAUCAACCUGUGUGAAAAUAUUGUGGCAUCUAGUAUACACAACAAUAUUUAUUACUCCAUGAAUAAUAGUAGUAUUUAUAUUUUAAUCGAGUAUUGUAAGUUCUUUAGUGUCCUUUAACCGCAGAACAAAUGAUUACUAGAACUUUGUAGUGGUAAUACCGAAUGAUUUCAUUACCAAUAAUAUUAAUUACAAUGUAAUU